CGAAAUUGAAAGUUAACUCAGGACGAAAUGGAGUCCGUCUGAAUCUAUCGCUGUUCUGUUUUAUAAAAACCUUCUAUAAGCAGUUCAGUGCUUUAAAAGCCGUUUUAAGUGGACCGGGUCGAACCGGAUCAGCUCGUCUCCUCCUGUCUGUUCAGGUCGUGUGGUUAUAACAUGUUGGGAGAAUCGGAGCCACAAUGGAUGUCAGAGGAGGUGAAAACAGGGACAACUAUAAUCGCCAUAGAGUAUGAUGGUGGGGUCGUGUUGGGGUCUGACUCCAGAGUGUCUGCAGGGGAGUCCAUCGUGAACAGAGUGAUGAACAAACUGUCUCCUCUUCAUGAUAAGAUCUACUGUGCUCUGUCAGGGUCUGCAGCUGAUGCUCAGACCAUCGCUGAGAUGGUCAACUACCAGCUGGAUGUUCACAGUAUUGAAAUAGGCGAGGACCCUCAGGUUUGCUCAGCAGCCACUCUGGUCAGGAACAUCUCAUAUAAAUACAAAGAGGAGCUGUCUGCACAUCUUAUUGUAGCCGGCUGGGACAGAAGAGCUGGAGGACAGGUGUUUGCGACCCUGAAAGGCCUCCUGACCAGGCAGCCGUUUGCUGUUGGAGGUUCAGGCAGUUCUUAUGUUUAUGGGUUUGUUGAUGCUGAGUAUCGCAAAGGAAUGAACAAAGAGGAGUGCCAGCAGUUUGUGGUCAACACUCUUUCUUUGGCAAUGAACCGUGAUGGCUCCAGUGGGGGCGUGGCCUAUCUGGUGACCAUAGAUGAACACAGCACAGAAGAGAAGGUCAUCCUGGGAAAUGACUUACCAAAGUUCUUUGAUCUGUGACAUUUUGUGAUUUAUAAGUGUGGCUGUGUUCACUUCAGCUUGUGAGCUGUAAACUUUGGACAAUAACAUUCAUUCUAAUAAAAUGUGGAAAAUUAA